AUGAGACCCCUACGACCAUUUCCGUUCCCCUUCAACGUCGGGACCGACAUCUGCCAGAUCAGCCGCAUCCACCGCAUCCUGCGCUCACCUCGACGCGCACGCUUCGCCCGACGGGUUCUCGCGCCCGAAGAGCAGCGGGCCGGCAUCGGACUCCGACUAGUCUCAUCUAGCGGCACGGACUCCGGAGACGGAUCGUCACCAUGCCACGGCAGCAAUCCGUCCGUCAAGGAUGGCGACGAGCUUUGGAAGAGCGCCGUGUUUGUCGCUGGAAGAUUCGCGGCCAAGGAGGCAGCCAUCAAAGCACACUCACAUCGCCGGCUGACGUUUCAAGACAUCAUCAUCGAGCGCCGUCGCGACGACCAAGGACAGCGGCUAGGCAGCGGUCCGCCCAUUGCCAGGAUCAGGGGAGAGGAAGGUGCAGAGGAGGAUACGAGUGCUGCUGUGUCCAUCAGCCACGACGGCGACUAUGCGACGGCGGUCUGUAUAGGAUAUGAUCCGCGAGACGGGGUCGGGAGCAAGACCUGA